AUGGGCCGCGUCAAGCUUCGCCUCGUGACUCACCACCGUCUCACCCCGACCCACCGCUCCCACGCGCAGGGACACCCUUCCCUGGCCGGUCUGGACCGGGAGCUACGUCACGACUUGCUCAGGUGCAUCCUCAAGGAUGCGCACGUUGCCCAAGAUGAGCAGGGCUUCGGGCUGGACCUGGAGGUCUGGAGGUGGAGGAAGGACCUCGACCCCAGCUUCGAGUUAGCUGAUGGAUGCCUGAUCCGGGCAUACAUGGGGGCCUUCGCCGCCGAUUUCGACGAGGACGCUGACCUCAGCGCCCUGCGGUUCCUCUCCGUGAACUCCAUCGUCGACCCCUGGGUCUUCAUCAUCUUCCGCACCUCCGUCUUCCGCACGUUCGUCCGCAGGGUUUGCCGGACGCUGAAUUCCCGCAAAGCCACCCUGAAAGGGCCAGGGCUGCUGCUGCGCUGCCGCCGCGGUCCCCGCGCCCGCCCGCCUUCGCUCUUCCACGUCCUGGUGCUGGCCCUGGUGGUCACCGACCUGCUGGGCACCUGCUCCAUCAGCCCCUUCGUCCUGGCCUCCUACCACCGCAACUGCACCCUGACCGCCCUGGCCCACGGAGGGCACAUCUGCCUCUACUUCGGCUUCGCCAUGAGCUUCUUCGGCCUCGCCACCAUGCUCAUCCUCUUCGCCAUGGCGCUGGAGCGGUGCCUGGCCCUGGGGCAGCCUUACUUCUACGAGCGUUUUCUCAGCCCCCGUGCCGGCUUGGUUGCCCUGUGGGCCCCCCUCGGGCAGCCCCGGGUGGCCGGCGGCGGCGGCAGCCGGCGCAUGUUCUCCAUGGCCGAGGAGGUCGACCAUCUCCUCCUCCUCUCCAUCAUGACCAUCACCUUCGUCAUCUGCUCCCUGCCAUUCACGAUCCGUGCCUACGUGAACAAGUUCAGCCAGCAAAAGGACAAGGGAGACUGGGACCUCCUAGCCCUGAGGUUUCUCUCCAUCAACUCCAUCAUCGACCCUUGGGUCUUCGCCAUCCUCAGGCCGCCGGUCCUGCGGUUCAUGCGCUCGGCGCUGUGCUGCCAGGUCACCCCCGCCAGCCAGGACAGACGGACUCCGUCCCCCGCCAAGACGAAACCGGCAGCACGGCUGGACUCCUGUGGGCAGUAG